AUGGAAACAGUCCCCACAGAUUUUGGCAAACGUGUGUACCAAGGAGUGAGGGUGAAACACACGGUCAAGGAUCUUCUGGCUGAGAAACGCUCCAGGCAGAGCAGUGGCUCCCACUUCAGCGGCAGCACCAGCACACCACAGUCAGCCUUUGUCCAAAUGCCAGGCUCACCUCCCACCGGUUACUACGGAGUCAGGAGACCCUUCCCAGCCGAGCUGGAUCUCCACAACACCAAGCCAUUUGUCAGUGAUGUCUACUCGUCCCCUCUGGGCUCCAAGCCCUUCUCCUGUGAUUCCUCUGCCUCUCAGGGCUACCCAGCCCUCCUGGACCCGUAUCUCACCGACCAGUACGGGGAUUGCCGUGCUCCCCACCUCAAUCCUGCUGCCAGCUCCUUCUUCAGCCCUCCUGCCGUGCCCCCUCUCCUGCCCUCCUUCCCCAGUGACACGGGACACUUCCUGCUAAGAGAGCCCUGGGAGCAGAGCUCACCCGACAGCCUGGGCCCGUCGGACGCUGCGUGCUCAGACCCCCUGCAGGCGCUGCCUCCCGGCUCCAGCUGCCUCUCCCCGCCUGAACCCGCAGGUGUCUCCCCGUUCCGGGGCUCAGGUUGGACCCCAGCCAUCCCUGGAGCCCAGCCCUACCCUCUGCAGCCUCUGGAAGAUGCCCACUGCUCCCCCAGCUCACCCUACGCCUUCUCACCGUUCGCAGCCGAGCCGCCCUCCAGGAUGAGCCACCUCUGCCCAGAGCAGCCCUCGGAGAGCCCACACCUCCAGGAGAGCCCUGCCUGGGCCAAAGAGGAUGAAAGUGCCCUCUGGGGGCCUUAUGAAGGCCGGAGAACUUACUGA